CCUCUGAUUGGCUUUCAUUGACAUUCUCAUAGUAGGGCGAUUGAUGCCUUCGCCAUCCUAGAAAACAAAUAAUGUAUCACGGUACUAAAUGGUCGACCAAUUUUUUUACUGGAAUUCUAAAUUGCCGUUUCAGUGUGUAAAAACAUGUUAAAUUAAGAUUGAGACAACACUAAGAUGUUAAACAGAGUAUAUACUUAAGAAAUAAUGUGUUUUACUGAUACUUGUUUUUAUUCUUUAUGAGUUUUGUUUUCCUUGGUUCGUGAUUGGUCGAACAACAGCGGAUAUAGAACAUCUGUUUACUGUAGCUGGGAUGCUAGCUAACUAACCAGAUACGCAAUGUCUAGUUCUUCGGGAAACACAGUCACGUUUUGUAUCGUUUUUUUCUAGAAGUAAAUUUAGGUCCGUCCUGGGAUAAGACAGCGUAAUUGUCUUUCCGCAGUAACGUUUGAGGCCAAGAUGAUCGAGGUGGUGGCCUCCAUGGCCAGAGGCCCCGUGUUUCUCGCCGGGGAGCUCAUGGAGUGUCUCAUAACAUUCACCAACCCGAUGUCCCACCUCUCUACUUCUGCCACCAGUGAGAUGCUGGCAUGGGCCAGUGCCCAGAUCCACUGCCAGUUUCAUGCUAGUGAAAGCAGAGUGGCCCUGCCGUCCCAGGGCAACAAACAGGAUGUCCAGGCUGAGAGCAACACAGUGCUUAUUCCAAGCAGAGGAGAGCGAGGUCAGUGUGUGCUGGACACACCACCUAAGAUAUUAUUCUGUGACCUGCGCCUGGACCCCGGGGAGAGCAAAACCUAUUCAUACAGUGAGAUCGUACCCAUAGAUGGUCCUCCUAGUUUCCGUGGUCAGGCGGUGAAGUACGUCUACAAACUGACCAUCGGUUGCCAGAGAGUCAACUCUCCUAUCAAACUACUCCGAGUUCCCUUCAGAGUGCUGGUUCUGCAAGGCAUGCCGGAGCCUCCAUUUCAACAUGAUGAGGAAGUUUCCCCCUCCAAUCCGUUCCUAGAGGAAGAGGAAGCAAGCCGCAGGGAUGCUCGGCCUCUGGAGAGAGCACUGGACAUGCUGAUGGUCACCACCUCGAGACGCUGUCCCCACAUGUUUAAUAUCACCAAUAUGCGUGGGAAAGUGGCAAAGUUCUGCAUCUUCAAGACGGUUUACAGACUUGGGGAGGACAUUAUCGGCACAUUCAACUUCUCAGAGGGAGACAUUCCUUGCUUGCAGUAUUCAGUGAGCCUUCAGAAUGAGGAGGAGAUCCAGCAGCAGUACCAGCGGCGCCCCGGACAGGUCAUCAGUGUGACUGGACACGGGCGACACAUGGAGUCCUGCCUUCACACCGCCUCCAGCCACUUCUCUCUCCCCAUCCCCCUCAACGUCACGCCGGGUUUCAGCACAGACAUAGUGAUGCUGAGAUGGCGCCUUCACUUUGAAUUCGUCACUGCCCGGGAGCCUAUGGAACCGCCCACAGUUCUGCAGAACCAAUCAGAGGUCACAGUUUGGGCCGGGGCGGAGCAUGUCGACGUGGAUACCUUCAGCUGGGAUCUGCCUAUCAAAAUCCUGCCCACCAACCCUGCCUUGGCAUCCUACAUGUCCCACUUUUCAGGGACCAACAGCAUUACUAUUUGACUGUGUGUGUGUGUGUGUGUGUGUGUGUGUGUGUGUGUGUG